UCAGUCGAUUCAGUCUGUAACCAAGGUCUGGUCUCCACACAAGUCGCUUUGGGUAACUUGGGAUUAGCGGAAAAUGGCCAAAAGAUUCAUUUUGAUUCUCCUCGUGGCCAUCUGGCUGAGUGGUAGUGUCAGCGGACAAAGGGACCACCCACGAGGACGUUCCUUCGAUCCCGAAGCACAUCCCAUCAAGAAUGCCGAGGAGCAGCAGUCGCAAUACUGGGUGGACAAGGCUCAGGCCAAGCUGCUGUCCAAGCUGGCCGAAUCCCAGGCAGCGCACACUAACAAGGCCAAGAAUGUGAUCCUCUUCCUGGGCGAUGGCAUGUCCGUGCACACGGUGACCGCCACUCGGAAUCUGCUGGGCGACAGUGCAGAGCAGGUGUACUUUGAGGGUUUCCCGUACACGGGUCUCUCCAAGACGUACUGCGUCAACAGGCAAGUGGCGGAUUCCGCCUGCACGGCCACCGCUUAUUUGGGCGGCGUUAAAGGAAACUACGGAACCAUUGGCAUAAAUGCGAAUGUUCCGAGGUACAACUGCGAUGGUGAUCGACUGGAGGAGAACCAGGUGCUAAGCAUCGCUCAGUGGGCUCAGGCUGCGGGUAAGAAUGCUGGUCUGGUGACCACCGCUCGGGUUACACAUGCCUCUCCAGCCGGCGUUUAUGCCCACACCGCGGAUCGUAACUGGGAGAAUGACUGGGAGGUGGCCAACAGGAAUUGUGAUCCCGAGAAGACACUUGAUAUUGCCCGCCAGCUGGUGGAGCAACCGGUGGGUCAGGGUCUCAAGGUGAUCCUCGGCGGUGGGCGGCAGAACUUUAUCAAUACCACCGUGAACGAUGAGGAGGGUUAUCCUGGUUAUAGAACCGAUGGGCGUCACUUGAUCCGCGACUGGUUGGCCCACAAACAGGAAGCUAAUGUCUCUGCCAAUUAUGUGUGGAGUCGCAAGGGUCUUAGCCUGGUGGAUCUGGACAAAACGGACUAUUUGCUAGGUCUCUUUGCCAGCUCUCACUUGCCCUACAAUGGAGACAGGAACCGGAAACGCAGCCAGUUGGCGGAUCCUUCGCUGAGCGAGCUAACGGAAGCCGCCAUUAAGGUUCUGCGACGCAAUGACGAGGGAUUCUUCCUGUUCGUCGAGGCCCGCAUUGACAUGGCUCAUCAUGACACCUACGCUAGGAGAUCCCUUGAGGACACCGCCGAGUUUGCCAGAGCUGUGCAAGUGGCUCGUGAACUGACCUCCGAGGAGGAUACCCUAAUUGUGGUCACUGCCGAUCAUGGACAUGUCAUGUCUAUCAAUGGAUAUCCGUUCCGCGAUCAGGACAUCACUGGCUUGGCCCAGUUGGCGGACGAUGAUCUACCUUACACAAUUCUCUCGUAUGCCAAUGGUCCUGGUUAUACCUCCGCCUACAAUCGUGCCGAGGGUCGAGCCCUGCUCAAGGAGAAGUUCAUGGAGGACCCUGACUUCCAGCACCCCACUUUGGUUCCCUUGGAUGCCGAAUCGCAUGGAGGUGAUGAUGUCCCAGUUUACGCCUCGGGACCAUAUGCUCAGUACUUUAGCGGCAACUACGAGCAGAGCAACAUUCCGGCUCUAAUGGGACGUGCCGCUGGCAUUGGUCCCUAUGCCUAGGAUCACUUGGGUUGGAAGCAUAUGUAUGUAUGUAGUAUUCAUGUAUCCACUCCUGGAUGGGAGGAACCAAUUAAAAUGCAUCACUGCUAAA